AUGCCAAAUAAUAAGAGGGUUAGACCAUCUAACACGGAUAAGGUAAGAACACACACUCCAAGACAUCCCCCGGGAUUAUCGGGUAAACGGAUUGGUUUAUGGUAUGCUGCUCAAAAUGCGAAUCGUAGAAAAGAUGAUAAGCCAUCUAAAAUUGUACCACUGGACAUUACGGGUAUUGAUCCUGCCCGUAUUCACAAUGUGAUUAACCAGUUUCGCUGUGCACAAAAUGCAGAUCCUACUGCGUGUAAGGACAAAACAUCAGUCAGUUCCGUGGGUUCGCGACAAAGCGUAAUCUCCCAAAGUACUAUGGAUUCGGUUUCUGAGACAGGCAUGACAAAUGAUGACUUGGAGGAAGUAGAAGAACUAAUUGAUACAAUGGGAGAUACCCUGGAUGUAUCCACACCUUCUGUUCCAUCCGCCAAAUCGAUUGAACCCAUUGGUACUGCAAGUGAAGUACUUUCUCGUCGUCCAGAGUUGGAUCGGUUGCUGGCUGAACAAUUAACUAUUCAACAAUCUUCUCCGCGCUAUUUAUCAAUGCUUCCGGGACGUCAAAAGCUGCCCGUCCAUGCUCAAAGACGUGAAAUAUUGGACGCAAUCGAGGCCAACCAAGCUGUGGUUAUCAGUGGUGCCACUGGAUGUGGGAAAACGACCCAAAUUCCUCAGUUUAUUUUGGAAGAUCAGAUUUCGCAAGGGAAGGGUUCAACAACGCGAAUUGUGGUGACUCAGCCUCGCCGGAUCAGUGCGAUCUCGGUAGCAGAGCGCGUUGCUGCAGAAAGAGGAGAGGAGAUCGGUCAAUCCAUUGGUUAUCAAGUACGUUUGGAACAUCGAUUUCCAAGACGUCACUCUGGUUCAAUCAUGUAUUGCACCACUGGUAUAGUGCUGCAGGGACUCCAGUCCGAUCCCAUGUUACGGACAGCCAGUCACAUUGUGGUGGAUGAGGUCCACGAGCGCGAAUUCCUCACGGAUUUUCUCCUCACUUUGCUUCGACGAAUUCGAGAGGUUCGACCAGAUCUGCGUAUUGUUCUUAUGUCCGCCACACUGAAUGCUGAUCGAUUUUCAGCAUAUUUCGAUAAUUGUCCAAAGUUGGAUAUUCCGGGUCGUUUGUUUGAUGUUCAAACAUUCUUUUUGGAAGAUGCUUUGCGCAUUACGAACAUCCGUCGGCCUUUCUUCCCCGUGUGCCAUCUGACUCCUUUCGCUGCAGCAUUGAAAUUAUUGUGA